AGGGCGUCCUACACAAGGCCUCUUUCGUCCUCACGGUCUCAACAUGGCGGUCGGCAAGAAUAAGCGACUGACUAAAGGAGGCAAAAAAGGUUCCAAGAAGAAGAUUGUGGACCCUUUCACCAAAAAAGAAUGGUAUGACGUGAAGGCACCAGCUAUGUUCAAUGUCCGUAACAUUGGCAAGACACUCUGCUCAAGAACACAGGGAACAAAGAUCGCUUCUGAUGCACUGAAGGGGCGUGUAUUUGAGGUGUCCCUGGCCGAUCUACAGAACGAUGAGGUUGCAUUCAGGAAGUUCCGUCUGAUGGUUGAGGAAGUACAAGGCAAGAGCUGCCUCACAAACUUCCACGGAAUGAACCUCACCAGAGACAAGUACUGCUCCAUGGUCAAGAAGUGGCAGACAAUGAUCAAUGCCAACCUGGAUGUCCGUACCACCGACGGAUACCUCCUGCGUCUGUUCUGCGUUGGUUUCACCAAGCGUCGUCAACAUCAGAUCAAGAAGACAGCGUACGCUCAGAGCACACAGGUCCGAGCAAUCCGCAAGAAGAUGGUUGAGAUCAUGCAGAGGGAGUGCAGCACCAGUGACCUCAAGGAUGUCGUCAACAAGUUGAUCCCAGACAGUAUCAGCAAAGAGAUAGAGAAGUACUGCCAGGGCAUCUACCCCCUCCAUGAGGUCCAUGUACGCAAAGUCAAGGUCCUCAAGAAACCCAAGUUUGACAUUGGUCGUCUUAUGGAGCUCCAUGGAGAAGGAAAGAAUGCCGCUGCCCCCGCUGUGCCUGCUGUAGCAGCCGACGGUGCCACAGUAGAGAGACCUGAUGGCUACGAACCACCAGUGGUUGAUAGCGUUUAAAUAAUCAACACACAUAUACCACAACCACAUGGCAGGUUAGAAAACAACUGCCAGAAGUAUUGCUCAAACAAUGAACUCACAGUAUAAGAAAUAUCACAGAUUUCUACAAGAAACAGAGAAAACAUUGAGAAAGUAUGAACUAGUAAAGCUACGUCUCUCAUUACAUUAAGUCAGAUGAAAAGACUCCUUUCUUCUCCCAAAUUGUGAUACCUUUAAAGGGUAUCGUUUACAAGAGAUAUCUGGCUUUGUAUAUUACUGUGGAGUUUGGAUGAAAUAAAACAAAUCAAGUCUAUCUGCA